GGCAAAUAUUGUAAAAGGAAUAUUCUGGUAGGACGUAUGCCUACCAUUAGUUCUGAAUACUGGUGAGGUUCUGAGGGCAAAAUGGCUGUGUUGAUUGGAAUUGCUUUCAGAGUUUCUUGGCUUUGUUGCCUGCUAAUUGGAGGGAUAACGUGUUCUACAUCAGAAGGUGAUUGGUCUCCUGCACUGGGUUCUAAUGCAGCAUGGCUCUAUGCAGGAUCACUUAGGUCUCUAGGAUAUGGCAAAUAUAACUCUCCAAAAGCUCAAAUGCAAGCGCAACAGAAACAUCCGGCCUCCAUCCUGCGGAAGGCACUGGCCCCCAUGUCCCAGCAACCUCAGCAAAUGAGAUAUCAAGCUCAAAUGCCCCAGAAUCAACAAGCCACUGAACUUCAGAAGCAACUGACUGCCAUGAACCAGCAAGUGUGGCAUCCAGCUCAAAUGCCCCUGCAGCAGAAGCAACCGACAGCCGUGCCCCAGCAAGUGUGGCAUCCAGCUCAAAUGCCCCUGCAGCAGAAGCAACCGACCGCCGUGCUCCAGCAAGUGUGGCAUCCAGCUCAAAUGCCCCUGCAGCAGAAGCAACCGACCGCCGUGCCCCAGCAAGUGUGGCAUCCAGCUCAAAUGCCCGUGCAGCAGAAGCAACCGACCGCCGUGCCCCAGCAAGUGUGGCAUCCAGCUCAAAUGCCCUUGCAGCAGAAGCAACCGACCGCCGUGCCCCAGCAAGUGUGGCAUCCAGCUCAAAUGCCCCUGCAGCAGAAGCAACCGACCGCCGUGCCCCAGCAAGUGUGGCAUCCAGCUCAAAUGCCCGUGCAGCAGAAGCAACCGACCGCCGUGCCUCAGCAAGUGUGGCAUCCAGCUCAAAUGCCCCUGCAGCAGAAGCAACCGACCGUUGUGCCCCAGCAAGUGUGGCAUCCAGCUCAAAUGCCCCUGCAGCAGAAGCAACCUACCGCCGUAUCCCAGCAAGUGUGGCAUCCAGCUGAAAAACCCCUGCAGCAGAAGCAACCUACCGCCGUGCCCCAGCAAGUGUGGCAUCCAGCUCAAAUGGUGGUGCAGCAGAAGCAACCGACCGCCGUGGCCAAGCAAGUGUGGCAUCCAGCUCAAAUGCCCCUGCAGCGGAAGAAACCGACCGCCGUGCCCCCGCAAGUGUGGCAUUCAGCUCAAAUGGCCCUGCAGCAGAAGCAACCUACCGCCGUGCCCCAGCAAGUGUGGCAUCCAGCUCAAAUGGUGGUGCAGCGGAAGAAACCGACCGCCGUGCCCCCGCAAGUGUGGCAUUCAGCUCAAAUGCCCGUGCAGCAGAAGCAACCGACCGCUGUGGCCCAGCAAGUGUGGCAUCCAGCUCAAAUGCCCCUGCAGCAGAAGCAACCGACCGCCGUGGCCCAGCAAGCGUGGCAUCCAGCUCAAAUGCCCCUGCAGCAGAAGCAACCGACCGCCGUGCCCCAGCAAGCGUGGCAUCCAGCUCAAAUGCCCCUGCAGCAGAAGCAACCGACCGCCGUGGCCCAGCAAGCGUGGCAUCCAGCUCAAAUGCCCCUGCAGCAGAAGCAACCGACCGCCGUGCCCCAGCAAGCGUGGCAUCCAGCUCAAAUGCCCCUGCAGCAGAAGCAACCGACCGCCGUGCCCCAGCAAGCGUGGCAUCCAGCUCAAAUGCCCCUGCAGCAGAAGCAACCGACCGCCGUGCCCCAGCAAGCGUGGCAUCCAGCUCAAAUGCCCCUGCAGCAGAAGCAACCGACCGCCGUGCCCCAGCAAGCGUGGCAUCCAGCUCAAAUGCCCCUGCAGCAGAAGCAACCGACCGCCGUGCCCCAGCAAGCGUGGCAUCCAGCUCAAAUGCCCCUGCAGCAGAAGCAACCGACCGCCGUGCCCCAGCAAGCGUGGCAUCCAGCUCAAAUGCCCCUGCAGCAGAAGCAACCGACCGCCGUGCCCCAGCAAGCGUGGCAUCCAGCUCAAAUGCCCCUGCAGCAGAAGCAACCGACCGCCGUGCCCCAGCAAGCGUGGCAUCCAGCUCAAAUGCCCCUGCAGCAGAAGCAACCGACCGCCGUGCCCCAGCAAGCGUGGCAUCCAGCUCAAAUGCCCCUGCAGCAGAAGCAACCGACCGCCGUGCCCCAGCAAGCGUGGCAUCCAGCUCAAAUGCCCCUGCAGCAGAAGCAACCGACCGCCGUGCCCCAGCAAGCGUGGCAUCCAGCUCAAAUGCCCCUGCAGCAGAAGCAACCGACCGCCGUGCCCCAGCAAGCGUGGCAUCCAGCUCAAAUGCCCCUGCAGCAGAAACAACCGACCGCCGUGCCCCAGCAAGCGUGGCAUCCAGCUCAAAUGCCCCUGCAGCAGAAGCAACCGACCGCCGUGCCACAGCAAGCGUGGAUUUCAGCUCAAAUGCCCGUGCAGCUGAAGCAACCGCCCACUGAACCUCAGAAGAAGCUGACGUCUGUGCCCCAGCAAGUGUCGUAUCGAUCUAAAAUGCUCCAGCAGCAAAAUCAUCUGGCUGCCAUGCCACAGAUUCCUCUUCUCAUGUGGCAUCCAGCUCAAAAUCCCCAGCAGCAGCAGGAGCUGGCCGUCGAUCCCCAGCAGCAGCAGGAGCUGGCCGUCGAUCCCCAGCAGGAGCUGGCCGUCGAUCCCCAGCAGGAGCUGGCCGUCGAUCCCCAGCAGGAGCUGGCCGUCGAUCCCCAGCAGGAGCUGGCCGUCGAUCCCCAGCAGGAGCUGGCCGUCGAUCCCCAGCAGGAGCUGGCCGUCGAUCCCCAGCAGGAGCUGGCCGUCGAUCCCCUGCAGCAGCAGGAGCUGGCCGUCGAUCCCCUGCAGGAGCUGGCCGUCGAUCCCCUGCAGCAGCAGGAGCUGGCCGUCGAUCCCCUGCAGCAGCAGGAGCUGGCCGUCGAAGCCCAGCAGCAGCAGGAGCUGGCCGUCGAACCCCAGCAAGUGAGGUAUCCAGCCCAAAUGCCCCAGCAGCAACCGAACCACAUUCCUCAGCAAGAAUGGCAUGUAGCUCACAUGCACCUGUAGCAGAAGCAACUGGCCACUGAACCUCAGCAGAAGGAAUUGACCGCCAUGCCCCAGCAAGUGUGGUAUCGAGCUAAAACGCUCCAGCAGCAUAAUCAUUUGGCCGCCAUGCAACAGAAGCAACAGGCCUCCAUUCCCCAGCAGCCUCCGCUCGUGUGGCAUCCAGCUUAUUUUCCCCAGCAGCAGAAGGAACUGGCCGUCGAACCCCAGCAAGUGAGGUAUCCAGCUCAAAUGCCCCAGCAGCAACCGAACCCCAUUCCUCAGCAGAAGCACUACGAAAGCACUAAAGAUGGCGCCUCUAGUAGUUCUCAGUUCCAAAUCAGUUCCAAAUCGCACUAUGAGAAUGGCAGAACUGUCUUCUCCCAAACCCACUACACUCCUAGCGAGGCUAUGCCUGUUGACAGUGGAAAUGCUCUCAAUGACAGUGAUGUUGGCAUAUUUGAACCAAGCUCAUACCCACCACUAGUAAAGGAUCCUACAAGGAAAAUCUAAUGGUGGAUUCAUCCUUCAGAAUCUGAUGGUGAGACUUUUAUUGUCAAAUUGAUGACAUAUGAUUCUGUUGCUGACACUGUUCUAAUUUUUCAGGUUUCAGUCAUGCUUUUGUUCUGACCAGGAAGUUCUUGUUCUUGCUACUCUUGCAUGAUUGAAUCAAUAAACUAUUUUACUUUCCAA